UCGCUCCUGCCAAUCCUACGUCAUCUGACGUCAUCUACGAUCUGACCAUCUGACAAGACUGAGCAUUCCAAACAAUGCGAUAAAAUUAUCGAGGAACGCCUCGCUUGUUGUUCGAAUAAUAUCGCAAUUUAGACAGAUAAAAAUCGGGAAAGAGAAUAUACUAUAGCGACAAAGAAAAUGGCAGCUAUACAUCGAGAAGCGAUACAAAAACAAAUUCAACAAGACUGGGCUAAUCGCGAAUACAUAGAAGUUAUCACUGGCAGUAUUAAAAAGAUUACGGACUUCCUUAAUUCUUUCGAUAUGUCUUGUAGAUCGAGAAUAGCAGUUCUUAACGAGAAGCUCACGACCCUCGAACGGAGAAUAGAAUAUCUCGAAGCAUGCGUCACAAAGGGUGAAACGCUGACAUAAUACUUGUAGGCACAAUAUAUCCUUUUUACAAUCCUUUUUAUUUCCUG